AUGUCUUCAGAAGCCUUUUCUAUGAGUUGUUUUCCAAAUGAUGACGAUUAUCAAGGUAGUUUGAGCGCUCUUUUUGCUCAAGGUUCUUUAAUAUCAAUGACCUCCAGAACAGGAGAAGUUCUUGAAGAAAGUAAUGAUAAGAAUCCACAGUUAAAGAUAGUAAAUAUGCAUCACUUUAAUGAUGUUAAAAUACUCAAAGCCCCUCAAUCAGGCUUUAAACUACCAUUUCCAACUACGAGUACCUUUGAGGAGCGAAAUAAUCGGAUGGCAGCAGCUAUAAAAAAAAGAGAACAACAAUGUAUGAAAGUGCAAAUAUCAAGAGAUGGGCAAGAAGCAUUUCUAGUUCUCCAGCAGACUAUUGAUAAAAUAAGGUGGGAUAAAAAAGAUAUUGUGGUAUUAGAUUGUGUUCGGAUAGUUGAACCUUACACACCAGAAUGUGUUCAUCUUAUAAAUGGUGAUGAGGAAUCUAGUGUUAGCAAUAGAAGAUCAUUGGAAUAUGUUACUAAUUGUUUAAAAACAAAAAAUUCCAUAUUGGAAAGAAUUCUAUCUUCUUCUAACAAAACUGUUUAA